UCUGCGGUCAGUUGGAGGGAAAUCAGCUUGCGCACCACAAAUAACUCACGACAGGAACUCGGCUGUCCGACGGCUUCUACUUUACCGUGAAUAAUUCGAUCCUUGCAAAUCUUUGCAAAAUGUAGUUUUGCGUCGGCGAAAAACCCCUUUAAGCGCGAUUACGAUGUUGGUUCUCGUCGAUGAAGCGAUCAAUUCACCAGAAGAUCGAUUGGGAUCAGGUUCAAACCAGAUAUCACUAGAUGCUCCGCAACGCCUUGUGGGUUAGUUUUUCCCGGCUAUGCUGAGAAGCGGGGAUCAGAACGCCAAUGGGGUGAUUCAGAGAGGAGUGAGGAAAAUAUCUGCGUCCAGAAAAUUUCACGAGAGCCGUAAGAUCGAGCCAACGGACAACCCUCGAAUGGCAAACAGGCACAUUAACGGGAACGUUAAACAUGACAUGCUGAACGGUCAGGCUAAGGCAGCAUCUAAAGCUUCUUUAGACCCAAAUAGUUUCGUCGAAGCCGCGACGUUGCUUGGUAGUGUGGGGUCUCUAAAGGCAGCUGAAACAACUGAUAGAGUUCGACGAGGGAGUACAUCGUGCGAAGAGGAUGUUUAUAAAGGUCACCCAUUCCCGUUUGAGAAUUUGGUGUUUGAAGGCGGAGGAAAUAAAGGAAUGGCCUAUGUUGGGGCUUUGCAGGUACUAGAAAAUGCUGGGAUCAUGAAGAAUAUUAAACGUGUGGCUGGAGCAAGUGCUGGGGCAAUCAUCGCAACUCUUAUAGCUCUUGGUUAUGACUCUAAGGAGUUAAGGGAAUUUCUGGAACAAGAUCUUCGCAGGAUCUUAGUAGAUCACACCUGUGGAUAUUGCAGUCUUCUUCCAAACUUGCUUAAAGGUUUUGGCUGGAAUCCUGGCAAGAGAAUGUUACGAUGGUUUGGUGAACAAUUAAAAGAGAGAACUGGUGAUGGCGACAUUACUUUUAAGGAAGUGUGGGAAAGAUUUGGCAAGGAGCUCUGCAUUGUUGUUACAAACCUAAAUCAGAUGUCAGUAGAAUAUUUUCACCCAAAGACUACACCAAAUACACCAAUCAGAAGAGCUGUUAGAAUGUCAGUCGCACUUCCAGGAGUGUUCCAGUGUGUGCGUGAAAUAAAUAAUGAUUAUGAAGAUGUCUAUGUUGAUGGAGGACUCCUAUGUAAUUAUCCAAUCCAUGCAUUUGAUGGUUGGUGGCUUUCCAUGGACCCCAAAGACACUUUUUUCAAGAAGCUUCAACCUCUGGAGGAUUUUGCAAAACUCUUUGAAAAGUCAGAGAGGUUUGGCAGUUGGAACCAGAAAACGUUAGGAAUAGUUCUAUAUUCUCAUACAGAGACUGAGUUAAUGAAGACAUUGCUUACAGAGCGAGAAGGAAACAAGCCGCCGAAACCACCUGUUACCAAACUUGCAAAGCAAAGGCUGAAAUUACAGCAUCAACAGGCCAUUAUGCACCAGGAACACGCUACAAUGGUCAAAGCUGUCGGCAGAUUCAUGGCGGAAUUACAAAGAAACAAUUUAGACGAAGACAGCAUCAUCAAUUUAAAAGAGCUGAGAGGAGUCUUUACGUUUGAGGACCCUUCGGACUUCACCGAGGAAGAUGCAGAGCUGUUAUUUGGACCAGGCGCUGGUUACAAAGCUGCUUUUGAAGAACUAGACACGGACGAAGACGGCGAGAUCACGUUUCAAGAAUUAAUGGCAUUUAUCGAGAAAAAGGGAGUAAAUCUACAAACAAGAUUCUUGGGCUAUGCUAGAAAGGAUAUCAAACACUUAGGAGAGUUUAUACAGACAUUGCAGACUGCAUUAUCAGUGAAUGUCAAAAGAGUUUAUGUGGAGAAAAAAGACGUUGAAAGAACUAUCGGUAUCGACACAGACUACAUCGAGACGAACGACUUUAACCUGGAACAAGCUGACAAAUGGUUCCUCAUUGAAUCUGGUAGGAGAGCAACGAAAGCGUUUCUGAGGGAAUACACACUGAGCAGUGUUAAGGAGAAAGAGAAGCAGAGAAGAAUUUCUAACCAACAAUCCAGCGUUACAGUGCGGGUUAAAUGCGCUAAUAAUUCACCGGACACGCAUGACAAGUCACGUGAACGUACAAACUCAACGCAUUCAACCAUCGACAAACAACGACGGUCAGUGACUUCGGUAGCGUCUUUAGAGACGAACAUCACUUCGGAUAGUACCCGAAAAGGCUCAGGUGUUCGGUUACCUCCGCUGUCACAAGAGAAGGGGCGAUCGUGGGCAAACUGUUCGAGUGAAAGAUUAGGAUCUGGAGAGAGCGUAAUUAGCUCAGGAAAAGUUGACGUGGACGUGGGUCGAAGUCCGAGGAUUGGCGUCCGAGUUACAACAAAAGUCGGUGAUUUAAGUUAUAGUUAGUUUAUUUAUUGCCUUUAAAAGGCUUUUUGA